CCAUACACAAAGGAGUAAUGUUCUGUUAUACUUUUUGGAACGGAUCAGAACUCGACAAGAUAAUUCGACCAUGACUUCAAAAACCUCCUCCGUACCGUACACCUCUCUACCUUCCCACCCGGACUCCUAUCCCCAAAACGUCAUCGUUCUCUCCUACUACCAUCGACCUCCAAACCACAUCCACCGCCGCUGUCUCCUCUUCACAACCGCAAUCCUCCUCCUCUCGGCCGCCGCCUACCUCCUCUACCCUUCCGACCCGGCGAUCCAACUAUCCCGAAUCAAACUCAACCACAUCCGAGUGAACUCGUCCCCUGAACCUACUCUGGACGUCUCAUUCUCCCUCACAAUUAAAGUUGAAAACAGGGAUUUCUUCUCUCUGGAUUACGAUUCUCUUGUAGUUUCGGUUGGGUACAGAGGGAGAGAGCUAGGGUUUGUGAAUUCAAAGGGAGGGAAAAUCAGAGCCAGAAGGAGUUCGUAUGUGGAUGCAAGGCUUGAUUUAAAUGGUCUUGAGGUUAUAAAGGAUGUAUUUUAUUUGAUUCAGGAUUUAGCUAGAGGUGUUAUUAUUUUCGAUACUGAUACACAGGUUGAAGGAGACCUUGGCCUCUUGCUUUUCAAAAUCCCAAUCAAAGGAAGAGUAUCAUGUCAAGUGUUUGUGAAUACAAAUAAUCAGAAAGUUGAGCAUCAAGAUUGUUACCCUCAGUGACAUGGGAAUUUCAGCAUAUCAAGCUGACUGUCUUGAAUUGGACAAAUUAAAAGUUGGGUGCUGGAGGUAAAUAGUAUGGUCUUGCCACCACCUCAUAGGUAAUGAUACGUGCUCAGUGUAUUCAUUCAUUGUGAUCAAUAGCGUGGUGUGAUCUACUUACAAGUACAAUUAGGACAAAAGAUUAAUUUAUGAGCAACAACUGUAUCCCCGUAUUUCACCGUAGUAUGAAAGCUAAUAUUUCUUGUU